AUGUUGCAGCCUUUGGAUGUUAUUAAGAUCAGAUUGCAGUUGCAAGUGGAGCCAGUAUCAAGAAAGUCUCCAAAGUCCAAGUAUUUUGGCUUUUCCCAUGUCUUCUCUUCAAUGUUACAUGAAGAAGGAAUUAGAUCCCUAUGGAAAGGUCAUAUUCCUGCUCAGUUCCUGACUGUGUUCUAUGGUUUGGUGCAGUUUUCAUCUUUUGAAUUCUUCACCAAAAUAUCAUAUGAGCUAAUGCCCAACCACUUUACAGAAAGACUUCAACCGGUGAAUCAUAUGAUUUGUGGAUCUCUUGCUGGAGGUGUUUCUACCAUUGUUGUCCAACCUAUGGAUGUUAUCCGCACACGAUUUAUAGCUCAAGGAGAACCAAAGAUCUAUAACCAUUUCCAUAUUGCUUGUAUAAAGAUAUCGCUGUUCACAGUAAUGAACAAAUUGGAUGAAAGGCAUCAGGCAAAACUGUUUACCAAUGUUGAACAGAUAGAUAAUGUGGUUUCAGAACCACAUUAUCUAUCUGUUCUGUUCUAA